UUCCUUUCACUCCUACCGCACUCACCUGAUUAAAUACCUGUUCCUUUAAAAAUCAAAGGCGUAGGCAGGGGUUGGAGGUGGCAGCUGUUUCUAGGCACGGGCUCUCCUUCUCUAUGUCACUGUAUCAUUAUUAACGUUAAAAGCAACGACGGUAAUUCUGGGCGGUGCCAGGGCUCUGCACGCUGUCUUCUAGCCGAGCUCAGUGGUUGAAUCAGGAAUUGCAGCUGCCGCCCCAGACUCCGCCGAAGCUGAUAGAGGCGACUCCGGCUCCAGCCUUGUCGGGACCAACACUAGGUUCUUCAGGGUUGAAGACGGGCAACAGAUGCCAGAAGCGCCCUUGGACUGUCACCUGAGUCUGGAGAGGGGCUUGCAGCCAGAAGGAGGCACGGUGCAAGUCUGAGAGCAGCAGGAGUCGUGAUGGAUUCCUUCGGAGCCCUGUGUUUGGCCUGGGCUUUGUUAGGUGUGGCCAGAGCCUGUCCUGAGCCUUGCGCCUGUAUAGACAAGUACGCCCACCAGUUUGCAGACUGUGCCUACAAGGAGCUGCGCGAGGUCCCGGAAGGACUUCCAGCCAACGUGACCACGCUUAGUCUGUCCGCCAACAAGAUUACGGUGCUAAGGCGGGGGGCCUUCGUCAACGUCACACAGGUCACUUCGCUGUGGCUGGCUCACAGUGAGGUGCGCACCGUGGAGUCAGGGGCAUUGGCGGUGCUGAGUCAGCUUAAGAACCUCGACCUAAGCCACAACCUCAUAUCCAACUUCCCUUGGAGCGACCUUCGUAACUUGAGCGCGCUGCAGCUGCUGAAAAUGAACCACAACCGCCUGGGAUCGCUGCCCCGGGAUGCACUCGGCUCGCUGCCCGACCUGCGCUCUCUGCGCAUCAACAACAACCGGUUGCGUACCCUGGAGCCUGGCACGUUCGACGCACUGAGCGCGCUGUCUCACCUGCAACUCUAUCACAACCCCUUCCACUGCAGCUGUGGUCUCCUGUGGCUGCAGGCCUGGGCGGCGAGCACCCGGGUCUCCUUACCCGAGCCUGAUUCUAUUGCGUGCGCCUCGCCUCCUGAGCUGCAGGGCGUGCCGGUGCACCGCCUGCCUGCCCUGCCCUGCGCACCUCCCAGCGUGCGUCUGAGCGCGGAGCCGCCGCCUGAGGCGCCUGGAACCCCUCUGCGCGCAGGCUUGGCUUUCAUGUUACACUGCGUCGCGGAAGGCCACCCCACACCCCGGCUGCAAUGGCAACUUCAGAUCCCGGGUGGCACUGUAGUCUUAGAGUCACCGGUUCUCAGCAAGGAAGAAGAUGGAGGAGAUAAGGCAGAGGAUGGGGAGGGUGAUGGAGAUGAGGAUCCGCCUACACAGACUGAGGCACCAACCCCGACUCCUGCACCUGCUUGGCCAGCUCCUCCAGCCACCCCGCGCUUCCUGGCCCUCGCAAACGGCUCUCUGUUGGUGCCCAUCCUGAGUGCCAAGGAGGCAGGCGUCUACACAUGCCGUGCACACAAUGAACUGGGUACCAACUCAACGUCAGUGCGGGUGAGCGUGGCUGCAGCGGGGCCGCCAAAACACGCUCCUGGAACAGGGGGAGAACCUGACGCGCAGGCCCCGACCUCGGAGCGCAAGACCACUAUUAAGGGCCGUAGCAACAGUGUCCUGCCCUACAAGCCUGAGGGCAAAACCAAAGGCCAAGGUCUGGCCCGGGUCAGCGUCCUCGGGGAAAUCGAGGCGGAACUGGAGGAGACAGAUGAAGGAGAGCAGGUGGGAGGUCAGAUCCCUACAGUUCCGGAGGGGGAGAAGCACUGUGGCCAUGGGGACCCUUCUCGGUAUGUGUCUAACCAUGCAUUCAAUCAGAGCUCAGAGCUCAAGUCGCACGUUUUUGAGCUGGGUGUCAUCGCGUUGGAUGUAGCCGAGCGUGAAGCUCGGGUGCAGCUGACGCCUCUUGCUGCGCGCUGGAGCCCUGGGCCAGAUGGUGCUACCGGAGCACGGCGGCCUGGAAGGCGGCCCCUGCGCCUACUCUAUCUGUGCCCUGCGGGUGGUGGCGCAGCGGUCCAGUGGUCACGCGUUGAGGAAGGGGUCAAUGCCUACUGGUUUCGCGGCCUGCGGCCUGGCACCAACUACUCUGUGUGUCUGGCACUGGCGGGCGAGGCGUGCCACGUGCAAGUGGUGUUUUCCACCAAAAAAGAGCUGCCAUCCUUGCUGGUUAUCGUGACAGUGAGCGUGUUUCUCCUGGUGUUGGCCACCGUGCCCCUGCUGGGCGCCGCCUGCUGCCAUCUACUGGCCAAACACCCGGGCAAACCCUAUCGCUUAAUACUGAGACCUCAGGCCCCCGACCCUAUGGAGAAACGCAUCGCCGCCGACUUUGACCCGCGUGCCUCCUACCUUGAGUCUGAGAAAAGCUACCCUGCCCGUGGCGAGGCCGGAGGUGAGGAGCCGGAGGAGGCCCCGGAGGAGGGCCUAGAUGAAGAUGUGGAGCAGGGAGACCCAAGUGAGGACCUGCAGAGAGAAGAAAGCCUGGUGGGUUGCUCGUUGGUGGAGUCUCAGUCCAAGGCCAACCAAGAAGAGUUCGAGGCUGGCUCUGAGUACAGCGACCGGUUGCCCCUGGGAGCAGAGGCCGUCAACAUCGCCCAGGAGAUAAACGGCAACUACAGGCAGACUGCAGGCUGAGUCCCCAGCACGCCUGGCCUGCCCACCUCUACCUUGGGUACCUUGUAGCCUAGAAACGGCAGGACUUUCUCAUCCUCACGGGACCCCACCCCACCCCCAAGCCUCCUCUUUAGCCCUCCCUAGGCGUCACUACUAAGGAUUUCCAGGAGUGGGCCGAAUUCAGUGGUCUCUCGCUAGUCACCGUCGUCCUCUUGGCGGGGUUGAAUCCCCAUCCCUCCCCCAAAGCACAGAGACAGGCGCCUACCUCCUCUCAGACACCACCCACAGACAGCGAAAAACCGUCUAUGCCUUCCAUUCCUCCGCGACGAUGAUGAUCAAGGAAACCCACCUCUCACCCCCCGGGUGGAGGCAAGGGGACCGCGCUAGUCGUUGGCUACAUUUGCUGAUAAUAAUGGGGUUGGUUCUGGGCUUUGCCCGCGAUCCCCAGGAAAGGUUCGCAGCGUGGAGCGCUGUGGCUCUCACCUCGACCCCACUCCGCCUUUUCAAGGUUGCAUGUGCCAGAAGCCGGCUAAUUUUUGGUCUCAAAGUACCU